AAACACCGCUGUAAUAAACACCGCCUGCUCACAACACAACAAGUCGCGACAUAAACAAGCGCCCUGCUGCCGACGCUGUCCGGAUGGUUAAAUCCAACCUCCAGACGAUCCUAAAUAGCCAUUGUUUUGCCAGAGAAAAGGAGAGAAAUAUACACAAGAUGCCAGUAGUCGAAGUAUCCCACAAUAAACCUGAGAUCAAAAGUUCCAGCAGGUGCCCUCGGUGUUGCAGUAACCCGUGUCCAGGGCCUCGGUGGUGUUCCGAUGCCCCUCUCCCACCCCUAAAGAUCCCAGGUGGGCGAGGGAACGAUCAGAGGGAUCACAAUCUUUCAGCUAAGUUAUUCUAUUCUGACACUCAGUUGCUGGUCCUCGAAGAGCCUCCACCUUUAAACAGCCGUGUGAGAUUCUUGCUCUUUGAGCAGCGCAGUUCUGAGCUCAAGCCUGUAGUGUGGAGGGGGUCACUGGUCGGGGUUAGGCUUUUCAUCGAGAUCCCCCCAGGAGCUCUUCCUGAAGGAAGCAAGGACAGUUUUGCACUCUUGCUGGAGUUUGCAGAGGAGAAGCUUCAGGUUGAUUACGUUUUCGUUUGCUUCCAGAAAAAUCGUGACGACAGAGCAUCGCUGCUGCGGACGUUCAGUUUCCUGGGCUUUGAGAUUGUGAGACCGGGUCAUUCUCUUGUCCCAUCGCGCCCCGAUGCUUUCUUCAUGGCUUACAGCAUCGAAAGAGAAUUGGACAAUGAUGAAUCAUAGUCAAUAAAACCAUCACUACAGUGCUUUGUGCUGAUUCAAUCAAAUUGAUCACCUGUAAAAGAAUCUUAAACCUUUUCCUGCACCAUGCUUUGAUGUAUCCUGUGAAUCCGUCAGUAGUCUUUAUGGAAGUGGUGUGCUGUAUGGCGGUUAGUGACGUCUCCACUUCCCACUAAAUCGUUAGGCGAUCACAUUCCCACACACCGCUCUUUAGAGCCCAAUAUUUAUGGCUAUGUUCGAUUCCCUUGCAACAAAAAUGUAUGUUAAGCACAUUUGUUUCCUUCCAGAUUUUUACACUUGUAUUGUUUUUUUUUUUUCCUCUUCAUGUGUGCAUGAUUCUGAAAGUUUGUUUUAUGUUCAGUUGAACUAAUCUGCAUGCUGCAAGAGAGUGCGGAAUAAAUUUGCUCACCCUGUU